AUGGAUUCUGCUUCUGCUGAAAAUACAAAUCGACUUAAGCCACUCAAUGAUUUAAGUAAUGAAGAUCAACUUUUAAUAUCUAUGUGCACAGUGGCUAGGGAGAGAGCAUAUGUUCCAUAUAGCAACUUCAAAGUCGGCGCAGCGUUGCGAUGUGAUGAUGGUACCAUAUUCUCAGGCUGUAAUGUAGAAAAUGCCUCAUAUGGGCUCGCAAUAUGCGCUGAACAAACAGCUAUUGUGAAAGCUGUAAGUGAAGGAAAAACUAAAUUCACUACAAUUGCAGUUGCAGGAUUGAACAAUAAUCAAUUUGUUUCUCCUUGUGGUGCUUGUAGACAAGUAUUAAGUGAAUUUAAUAAUCCCAAUAAUGACAUGAUUGUUUAUUUAUACCAACCGGAGGGUAGUAAUGUAGUUAAGACAAGUGUGUCUGAACUACUUCCAUUGGAUUUUAAAUUUAAUUAUUAG